AGAAGUCUUCGGCCGCGUUACGGCCGGCAUCACACAUACAGAACCACAGAGAACCCGUGAAGGAUGAGUGCUUCUGGGCGACCAAUCACGGUCCUGCUGCGCUGCCUGCUGUGCUGCCUGCUGCGCUGCCUGCUCGGCUCAGCCGCCUCAUCCCCCGUUUCCAUUCUCACACCUGCUCCACCUCCUCCAUUGCAAGUUGUCCUCCCCUCGUCGUCACCGGCGGCCCUCCCUGGGUCUCCACCCUCUCCUCCUCCGCCCUCUCCUCCACCUCCUCCACCACCUCCUCCUCCUCCUCCACCUCCUCCUCCUCCUCCAGGCGACUUGGAGACGACGGGAGGAGUCGGCUGCCCUCUGACGAUGUCUCCCUCCUCCGUGGUGGUCAGGUUCGGGGAUCCAGUCACAGCGAACUGCUCGGUGUCAACGACGGGCUUCGCUGGUCUCGGUUGGGAAGUCACACUGGCCACUCCUGAACUCACCAUGGAUCGGUUUCUGGUCUGGCGCGUUGACAGGAUGACCGAGUGGAGCCUCGAGCCGAAGUGCUACGCCCUCUCUGAACAGGGGGGGCCGUGUCACAUCGCCCUCCCUCUGACGGUCUACAAGCCUCCGGAUAACGUGUCCGUCAGCUUUGCGGACCACACGGGUCCGAUGUUCGAGGGUCGGCGGUACACUCUGCAGUGCACGGUGGUGGAAGUGGCUCCUGUGGAAAAGCUCACCGUGACCUUCUACAGAGGUCAGACGGCGCUGGGUCGGCUGCGGUCCGGCGACAACAACAAGAGACCGGUGACCGAGACCUUCUCCUUGAACAUCACCCCGAGUAAAGAGGACGACGGAGUCCAGUACUGGUGUGAAGCAAAGCUGGAACUGGGACCCGACGGACCACAGCUCCCCCCGGUGGUGACGUCACAAACCAUCGCCGACACCGUGCUCUUCGGCCCGCAGCUCGCGUGCCCUUCGCGGCUGCAGGUGCGAGCGGGCGAGAGCCUCCGCUGCGAGGUGAGGGGGAACCCUCCGCCGCUCGUCGUGUGGUUCAGGGACGGGCAGGUGGUGGCCCUGCCCACUCACUCCAGCGCAAAGGAUGCUGGGAAAUACACCGUCUGCACAGAAGGACUUCUGGGACAGAAGAACUUCACGGUGGAGGUGGAGGUCCUCCCUGGACGCGGAACGACACACGGCUGUAAUGAACAUUUCCUGUUGGCCGUCUUCUUGAUUCAGAUGAUUAACUGGCUGUAAAACCUCAAAGACCCCCCCCUCCCACGUGACCUGGGAUGAGCUGUUUGUCGUCGUUUUGGGUCCCUUUUGUUUUGCAUUAAGAGUCUUAUUUUGAAAAUCCCUUCUUUCAACAUCUCAGGUCACACUAGCAGCUCUUUUGAGAGCAUAGGUACAUUUUGAUUUUUACCUCUUUGUAAUCUGCACAACGUGUAACUUUUAUAUCUUCCAGACUGGAAGUUGCUCUAGAAAGAAAUCAACACAGUGGUGUACAAUGUAAUAAUCAGCAACCAUAUAUACUGCUAUAGGUCUGCUUAACCUUCCCUUUUUAUUUUUUUUUAGAGGAUGUUUAUGAACUGUCUGCACCCUUUGCCACAAACAAUAUUUCCGUCUCCACCCCGUGUACAUAUAUAUGUUCAAUUUUCUGCAGGAUAAAGAAACAGUAAAGUUUGGGUCGUAUUCAUGAAGCUUCCUCACAAAAUUAGAAACAUAAUUCUUACAGUCGAGACGAGAUCCUGGUAAAAAUUAAAAAAGAGGUUAUUCACAAAGCGUAUUAUUGCGUAACAGAGAUUAAAGGUUUCUAAAUGAUGGAGAGACAAAAAAGGAGAAAUGUUCUCCAAGGGCUGAAUGAGUUAAUAAAUAAAUAUUAAACGGACUGAAUGGUUGG